GUCCAUUAUUCUAUUGCUACCUAAAAAUAUUUUAUCCAGUGUCUUCCGAAUUUGACAACAAUACGUCGAAACCUCUUUGAAUCUAAGAUGAAAAUCCUGAUUUACGGGGAAAAUGAACCCCUCUUCAAGGAUUAUCGCCAGAUACGAAAUUAACUCCCCUUUUUCCCUUUUGUGAUUUUGAUUGAGCUUUUCUUUUAUCUGUUUCAUCAAGAUUUAACUUUUUUCUUCACUAUCUUGCCAGUUUGUUUGACAUCAGUUAAAGGAAAACGAAAAUGUUGAAUAUCACAUUAUUACUCGAUUACCAAAAUAGCCCAGAGAGUUUGGUAUUAUCCAUUUUAUUGAUUCAUUCUUUUGAUUAUAACAAUUUGUAUUUUAUCUUCUGUUUUCUGCGUUUUGUGUUGUGUUGUUAUUUACGUUUGUUGCAAUUAGUUUCAGCUAUGCUUAAUUCAUUAUUGCUAUUUGAUUCUUUGUUUUUUUAGGAGAUUCUAGUGGAAUUUGUUCCAGAAAAUGCCAGUAUAUGGUUGGUAAAAGCAUAAAAGGCAGAUUAUUUAAUUCUUAAUUUUCUAUGGUCGUUUUAUGUUAAUAUCCAAAUCCUUGAAUCCAUAUGCAACCUUAGAUAUGAUCCAACUUCCUCGUGGUUUAAUUAUUUGAUGUAGGUUAUGAAAAUUAAAUGGAUAAUACCAUUUAGUUAUAUUUUAUUAGUUGCAGCAAGUUUGAAUCGAAUAAGGAAAAAGAUUGUGCGACUUAGGUAUGAGUUUGGAGGGAGUGAGCAUCAACUCAUGUAGCAUCUGUCCCAAAGUGAAACAAUGAUGAAACAUUGAAGUUGUUGAAAAUCAUGUAACUGUCAUUCAUUUUCACAAAAUCUUGAAACAUAAGUAAUAGUAGUAGUACAUUUUAACUAUGUGUAUUCACUUAGGUAACAGUGACGACUCAGAGGUCUUAGUUGUUUGUGGAUGUAAGAGCUACAUGUCUAAAUAUAGUUUAGUGGAGAAAUGGUGAUUAUGGGGUAAUGUUUAGAGGUUCAAGGAUAUUAGGAAAUUCCGUAGGUCGAAUGUGGUUGAUACUACAUAACAUGUACAAGGUUGCUAAUUUUAAAAGUAAAGAGAGUCAUAGUAGAUUCUAUGAAAAAGGAGAUUCUAGUUGCACAGAAUACAAGUGGAAUGGUCAGUUACAUCGAGGAAAUCGUCUUACAAAAUGCUAUAGUUGGCUCUACUGACUUCUAGAGGAGCCGAGAAAGACAACAUGUUAGGCAACAUAACUAUCAGAUAAAUAAAUAUUUUGCAAUAUUAAAAUAACUAGAAUGGGCUAGAAUAUGUAAAACUAGAACUAUCUAGCUCUUGUUAACCGACUUAGCAUAGAUUAAUCUAGAAUAGGUAAUUAGGUACCAAUACUACCAAAUGUCGGGUUUUUUGUGUGCUCGCUAACAUUGAAUUCCUAUAAAUAAGCAUUAGGCUUCUUUGUAACAAUGCAAGAGAGAGUGACGAACUGAAAAUAAGUGAGCAUGAUAGUGUUCUAUUGUGAGGUGUGUCCUCGUCGAGCUAGUGUGUGUCUGCGGGUAUCUAGUGAGGUGUGUCAUCCAAGAGUGUUUUGGGUUGUUUCCUCAAAAGUUUUGUAAUGUGGUCUUGUGCAAACCAUCGUGUCGUGUAUUUGGUGUUUCGUACACCAUUGUUGAGUAUAAUAAAUUUCCUUUUGUGUAAUCAAUUCUGCAGUAGCAUUGAUACCCAACAAAUGCAUGUUAUCUUUGGUAGUUAUUGUGUAUUCUAAGUGGAAAUCUAACUAUUAUCGGAGAUAGUCACAUUUUAAAUGUCAAAUUUCAUAGUGGAAGAUACAAUAUUUUUUAAAAGUCUUCCUUUUUUUUCCACGUCGAGUAUUUACUUGAUAGUCUUUAUCCCACAUCGAACUCUCACCCAAGAUACUUAUUUUUUCUCACAUAUAGUCUUUAUCCCACAUCGAACUCUUACCCGAAAUACUUCUUUUUUUCACCUAUAAAAGGGUUCUAAGUUUCCUUUUAUUUUUUCCAUCUCCAACUAAAAUAGUCCUUAUUUAAGGGUGUUUUUGGCUUUGCUAUAAUUUCGUGAAGUGGUCAAUUAUUGAGGGCGACGAGUGGGGCUACGCACAUCGUUCAGAGACCGUUCAUUACUAAAGUUUUCAUUUUUAAUUUCAUCAAAUUUACUCGUCUUUGUGGAGCACUAAAGUUCAAUUUCUCGGUGCGGAAAAUGGUGAAUCGUCCAGCAUUCUUCAAGUUUUAUGUGCCUUGGCUUGGUGAAGAAAAUCAGAAAAUCCCUCCAAGGUUUAUUCAAUCUCUUCCAGGAAACUGGCCGAUGAAUUUGUCACUUCGAGACCGUUAUAACAAUUUGUGGAACGUGAAAGUGGAAAUGAUUGGCGGUGAUUGGUACUUCAAAGAUGGUUGGGCAAAAUUUGCUGAUGAUAAUAAGAUAAAAGGAGGGGAUAUGUUUAUAUAUGAAUAUUUCUCUCACGGUUUACUCGACUUCAAAAUUCAUGGAGGCAAUGGUUGCUUAACAGAAGGUGCUGGAGGUCGGAUUAUUCAUACACCUGAUUGUGGUCCUAUCGGUGAAGGACACACACAUGAUAAUUGUGUUAAAGAAGCGAAUCACCGAGAUGCUCACACUGUAGAUGAGGAAUCAAGAGAUGAUGCCCCACUGGAGCUAGCGAGGGACGGUACGGCCAGUUCUAGCAAACGUUAUAUCAGAAGAACCUACGAUUGGUACGGUGUAGAGCUCUUCAAUGCCGGGUUCAUUCCACCAUCCCCGAAUCCUUAUUUCGUGACACAAAAAGAAAGAAACAGAGGAGGCUCUCAAUUAUAUAUACCCAUGGAAGUGAUCAAAAGCUUCAAUCUGAAACUCCCUGAGAAUGUGACGCUCCUUGACCCAAAAGGAAGGCAGUUUCCUGCCAAACGCAAGAUGUGGAUGGACCAGAGGACGUUCUACACCGAAGGCUGGAAAAGCCUUUGUGAAGUGAACAAGGUAGAAGACGAAGACUCGUGCAUUUGCGAGUUCUUGUAUAACGCUGAUGAUCUAUGCAUCAGUGUAAGCUUCUUUCCCCCAAAAUAGCACCAAGGAGUGGAUUAGAUUAGUAUUGGGGAGUUCACAUUCCUAUAGUUUCAGAGAUUCCCUCCUGAGUUAUUGUUGGGAUAUGAUUUUAGGAUGUAUGAUUUGUUGUUUCAGUCAAUAGUUAUUCCAAUCAAUAAAUUUCAAACUAAAAUAUAAUGGUUUCUUCUUGCACUAAAA